UUUGGCCAAAGCUGACGUCACUGGUGGCCGUUGAUAGGCGGAAUACGUCCGUGAGCGGCCGCCAUUGGCUGCCGAGCCGGUAUAAACGGUGCUUUCACGGUAACCUGUUCCAGUUGUGUUGUUAUCCACUCACAGUACACUUGAAGAAUAGUAUGUAUAAAGUACUUCACAAUCAAGACAUCAAACACGAGUGUUCGCGGUCUGGGGGACUGCAUGCGUAUCCUGAUCACUUCAGGGAACCUAAAAAGCUCCACCUCUAAAUCAGCCGUUCGCUAAAUGAUCAUCUAAAGGUUCCUGUCCUCCGGUAGGACACUGUAUAUAGUGUACAUAUCGCUUUUCUAACAAAGGAUCUCGCUCAGAUAAUCCGAGCAAGCUCGAAGGAUCGUACACAAGUCACGCGGGGAUCCGAAGGAGUCGAGAAUACACGAAACGUUUGCAUUAUACUUCCCCCGCACGCAACAACCCAACAAGCACCUGUCGAACAACAAAGAGCAGAAAAUGAGCACGAAAGCGACAACCGACUCCUGGGUCAAGUUUCUCACUGCAGGCACCGCAGCCUGCAUUGCUGAUCUAGCUACAUUUCCACUGGACACAGCAAAAGUCAGAAUGCAGAUUGCUGGAGAAACACGUCCACUGCUGGUGGCAUCGGUGGACGGUUCCAUGCUAGCAAUGAGAAACUCGCAACCAGGAUUAUGGAGGACAGUAGAGAGCAUCGUCAGACUCGAGGGAACAAGGAGCCUGUACGGAGGUCUGUCCGCGGGACUCCAGAGACAGAUGUGUUUCGCCAGCAUACGGUUGGGCCUCUACGACACGGUGAAGGCAUACUACGCUGGAAUCAUCGACGGUAAUAACAGAAGCGGCGUGACGAAGAAUAUACCCGUGCGCGUCGCCGCUGGAAUCACGACGGGCGCCAUGGCGGUGCUACUCGCUCAACCGACCGACGUCGUCAAGGUUCGACUGCAGGCCGGAAAUAAUGGACGGUCGGCGGUGAGGUACAGCUCGACCUUGCAAGCGUACAAGAAUAUCGCUGCUGUGGAAGGCACACGGGGCCUCUGGAAAGGAACCGUUCCAAACAUCUCGAGAAACGCGAUCGUGAACGUGGCGGAGGUGGUCUGCUACGACAUCAUCAAAGACUUCAUCCUGGAGUCCGGCUACCUCCGCGACGGUAUCCCUUGCUACGUGACGGCCGCGAUGGCGGCGGGGCUGUGCACCACCCUGGCGGCGAGUCCCGUGGACGUGGUGAAGACCCGCUACAUGAACAGCGCCCCCGGCGAGUACAAGGGCGUCAAGGACUGCACUGUUCGUAUGCUGAUGAAGGAAGGCCCGUCCGCGUUCUACAAGGGCUUCGUGCCCAGCUUCACGCGGCUGGUGUCCUGGAACAUUGUCCUCUGGAUCACCUACGAGCAGUUCAAUAAAUACGCUAGGAAGAACGCCGACAAGUGAAUCAACGAGCAGCUUCUGUCGCGGUUUUAUAUCUCAAUCGCGAUACUUAGGGAUGGGAGGAUGUCCGUGUAAUGUUUAGAGUUUUUCGAUUAGAGUCUGCCGUUGUUCGCCUGAUCUUUACAAUAUCCAAUACGUGAUUUAAUAUUACUUUCUUGUACGCUAAAAUGCUUUUCUACCUUGAAAACGCAUCCAUAUUGCAAAGCGUGUGUAAACUUUUUCCAUAGAGGUGCUUUUUAAACUAGACUUAGACCUUUCUACUAUUCCCGAUAUUAACAUUAACGCAAGAGAAUUGAAAUUUAAUAGCAAACAACGGCAGACCGGUUCUCCCAUCCAUCGUUGUACCUCCAUUUUGUUUUCCGUAGUUUGCGAACGCGCGUGCACUCUACUCAAUUAAAAUUAACAGCUUGUCAUUUGGUAAGAAAAAAACGGAGCAAAAAUCCGUCAAAAAUUUCUUCGAGACAUUGGAUACAAUUGUGAUCAUUGAUCUACAGAGUGCACGUACGAUCGAGAAAGUCUUAGGAAUCUCUCGAUAAUCCAUAACGAAACAUUUCGACUAUGUAAGUCGGCUUUAGACGCAACAUUGGUAGGAUAAUAGAAACAGAAAGAGUUUCCCCAAAUUAUAUAUACAUAUACAUAUAUAUAUAUAUAUA